AUGUUUGGCAUAUCAUGUACACCAGUUCGAUUGGUGAAUGGGUCACAUCCAUAUGAAGGGAGACUGGAAGUAUGGCAUGAUGGGUCUUGGGGAACAGUAUGCGAUGAUGACUUUACAGCGCAGUCUGCAACAGUUGUUUGCAAGAUGUUAAAUUAUCCACAUACUAAUCCUUUGGUAUUUAUGUCCGCAUACUUCGGCGCCGGAAAAUUGCCAAUACACUUGGACGAUUUUGAAUGUACGGGCACUGAGAUGAGCUUACUUCAAUGUCCACAUAGAAGUUUGGGAUCAAAUAAUUGCAGUCAUAGUGAAGAUGUCGGCAUAUCUUGUACACAAGUACGAUUGGUAAGCGGGUCAAACCAAUAUGAAGGGAGACUAGAAGUAUGGAAUAACGGGUCUUGGGGAACAGUAUGCGAUGAUGAGUUUGAUACGCUGUCAGCAAAGGUUGUUUGCAAGAUGCUGAAUUAUCCACAUACUAAUCCUCUGGUAAUUGGAACAGAUGUUUUUGGCGCCGGAACAUUACCAAUACAUUUGGAUGAUGUCAUAUGUGCGGGAACUGAAACAAGCUUAUCUCAAUGUCCACAUAGUGCAUGGGGAUCUCAUAAUUGUGGUCAUAGUGAAGAUGUCGGCAUAUCAUGUUCUUAUGUUCGGUUGGUUAACGGAUCAAGUCAAUAUGAAGGGAGACUUGAAGUUAUGCACGAUGGGUCUUGGGGAACUGUAUGCGAUAAUGGGUUUGAUACACUGUCUGCAAGUGUUGUUUGUAAGAUGCUGGAUUACCCACCAAAUAAUACUCUGGUACUCGGAUCCGCACACUUUGGCGCUGGUACAUUUUCAAUUUAUUUAGACGAUGUCAAAUGUACAGGAAAUGAAACAUCGUUAUCUCAAUGUACGCAUAAGGGUUGGGGAAAACAUAAUUGUAGUCUCAAAAAUGUUGUUGGUAUUUCAUGUCCACCAGAUGUUCGAUUGGUGAACGGGUCAAAUCAAUUUGAAGGGAGACUAGAAGUUUGGCAUAAUAAGCGGUGGGGAACAGUCUGCCAUGAUUAUUUUGAUGAGCGCGAUGCAACUGUUGUUUGUAGGAUCCUGAAUUAUCCACAGACUACUCCUCUGGUAUUCCGGUCAGCACACUUCGGAGCGGGAACAUUACCGAUACAUUUAGAUGGUGUUGGUUGUAAGGGGACUGAAACAAGCUUAAUUCAAUGUUCGCAUUACCCUUGGGGAGAACAUAAUUGUGCUCAUAGUGACGAUGUUGGCAUAUUAUGUCAACCAGUUCGAUUGGUGAAUGGGUCAAAUCCAACUGAAGGGAGACUGGAAGUAUGGCAUGAUGGGUCUUGGGGAACAGUGUGCGAUGAUGACUUUACAACGCUGUCUGCAACUGUUGUUUGCAAGAUGUUAAAUUAUCCACAUACAGAUCCUUUGGUCAUAAUGUCCGCAUACUUCGGCGCCGGCAAACUGCCAAUACACUAUGUUAAUUGUACGGGAACUGAGAUAAGCUUACCGCAAUGUCCACCUAGAAGUCGGGGAUCAAAUAAAUGUAGUCAUAGUGAAGAUGUCGGCAUAUCAUGUACUAAAGUUCGGCUGGUUAACGGAUCAAGACAAUAUGACGGGAGACUUGAGGUAUGGCAUGAUGGGUCUUGGGGAACAGUAUGCGAUCAUGAGUUUACAGCACUGUCAGCUCGUGUUGUUUGUAAGAUGCUGAAUUAUGAAGAUUCUAAUCCUGUGGUAUUUGGGUCCGCCCACUUCGGCGAAGGGACAUUACAAAUACAUAUGGACGAUGUCAAAUGUACAGGCUCUGAAUCAAGCUUAUUUGAUUGUCCGCAUAGAGGUUGGGGAUCAAAUAAUUGUGGUCAUGGUGAAGAUGUCGGCUUAUAUUGUGAACAUGUUCGAUUGGUUGACGGGUCAAGUCAAUAUGAAGGUAGACUGGAAGUAUGGCAUGAUAACACUUGGGGGACAGUAUGUGAUGAUAGAUUUGGAACGCAAGAUGCAACGGUGGCUUGUAAGAUGCUUAAAUAUCCACAGUAAGUAUAAAAAAUCAGGAAACAUAACAUUCACACUCAUUACUUUUUUCAAGUUUGAAUUUGUUGUUAUCGCGUUUGCCAUGACUCAACGGCCUAUCGGAUGAAAAUUUAUCUUUUAUGUUGAAGAUACGGUAGCAGAACUACAUGUUUUGGAGCCAGGGUUAAUAUUUCAUGUUGUUCUCUUGGUUGACUUCUAUCGAGACGGUCGAUGCAAGAUUCGGUAACGCAAACCGUACCAAAAUAAAAUACAACUCCGGCUGUUUAACUGUCAUCAGUAUAACGCAUGCGCAAACAAGACAUACACGAAAAUGCCAGUUGAACGUCGCAAUCACACAAUUAAACAUGUUUGGUUUUUAAAACAGAAUAAUUCGAGGGUUUUUUUUGGAAGCUGUGAAAGAUAUUGUAGCUUUAGUGUUUAUUGUUACUACCUUUCGAAACAUGAAACAGGAGAACGCGAUUCAGAAAGGAAUAAUCAACUGAUACAGUUAAACGGAUUAAAAACGGAAUAAACCACUGUUUGUAGUGUUAAAUGAAACUUAAAUGAUAUAUGCCUGAUUUUCCAGUUACUGCUUUAUUCACCCGUUGUUAAUUUUUCGUUUAAGUAAAGUCGUAUUUUGAAGAGAGAGGAACAUGCACAUAACAAUUUUUGAAGACAGAUUCUAAUGAUUUUACUCAUUAAAUAAUAUUAAUUACGCAAAGUAAAUGCUCCAGCAAUCAAUCUUAAAACUUUGGAGCGGUUUGAUGACCUAUUCAAUAAGCAAAAGACAUCAAUUCCUAUGCCUU